UGUGGCAUGUCUGCUCGGAGGUUCUUUCACUCGAUCAUCAAGAAAACGUCGCGAACGAACAAAUCCUCAUCCUCGCCACCGAUGAAAAACGCCAGUCGAAGCAAAACAGAAGAGGAGAGCGAUGACGAUAAAGAAGUAUUAGAUCAGCGUGGCAGCCCUGCCUUGGUGGCAAGUUCGAGCAAAGGAAAACGCGGUGUAUCUACCAUAGCAUUAGACUUAGAAUUGAAAUCAGAUAGCCACGCAAGUGGUAGACGAGUGAGGUCUAUGCCGAGAUCAAAAGAGCGGCGAAGUGCCAAUUCAUCUGCGGAGAAACAAAUCGGUUUCACAGCGGGGGCAAAGGACGAUUCAUCGCCUGAAACAGCUCCAAAACACAAACUCAAAUCGCGAAGAACAUUGCCACCUAGUGCCGCGCAGGCUCGUGUCCCGCAUCGACAAACCUCUCCAGAUGACUACACGGAUCCAGAAGACGCCGCUAGCGACAGAGAGGUGCUAGACGAGAGAGAGGCGGGUAUGGGUGAUGGGGAAUGUGAGUAUUCAGAACCAUGGCAGAAUGAAAGGCAAGGGAAGAAAAUGAUUAUAAAUACAGUCAAAUCCUCUAUCACUGAUCUGGCAGCUCAAAGACUAAACGGAACGUACGAUGAACCCUCUGAUUUGAAACGGAAGUUUGGAAGUGCAAACGGCGUGAAAACUGAGGGUCAUCCAACGUCUGGUGUGAGCACUGCGAGUAUUGAGGCUUCGUGUGCGAGUGACUAUGCUGAUCCGUGGGAUAGACUGCCUAAAUCAAAGUUCCCACAACGUGUUAAAUCAAAUAAAUCUCCUAGUGGGAGAAAAAAUGCACAACGUGCAGUGGAUGCUGAUGAUUAUGAUGAACCAUCCAACCAAAAGAGACUGAACGAACAAGGAGUUGUUGUUGGUGAUCAAAGGUCACAGUCAAAGUCGACGGAUGAUUAUGAGGAUCCAUGGGACUCUAAUGCUGCUAAACCUCUUGUUUCGUCGUCUAAACCUCCAAAACCCAAACCUAGAUUAAAACCUUGUUCAGUAGGAAGUGAUGAUUAUGAUGACCCGUGGGAUAACAAAGCAAAGUCUCGUUUACCAUUAACUGAUGGUUAUGAUGAACCUCAGGCUAACAAAGCAAAGUCUCGUUCGACAUUAACUGAUGAUUAUGAGGAUCCAUGGGAUAAGAAAGGAAAGCCUCGUUUACCAUUAACUGAUGGUUAUGAUGAACCUCGGGCUAACAAAGGAAAGCCUCGUUCAACAUUAACUGAUGAUUACGAAGAACCAUGGGAUAAUAAGGGAGCAACAAAUAAACCCGUCCAGGGUGCUCGGCCUCCUCCACCUACGUCUUCUGUACCCGCUCGCCCAGUGGAGAGACUGUCCUCACCAGCAGAAAUGGAAAAGCCAAAGUUGAAUGAGAGAAUGCGACCAUUUCGUUUGGAUAGGAAACACUCAAAUUUAGAUGAACCUCCUCAACCUGUUGCAGCUAUUAUUGAUGCAAGACUUCCACUUGCUAAGCAGACGUGGUUUCAUGGAACAAUAUCAAGAGCAGAUGCAGAUAAAAUCCUCAGAGUGUCACUUGACAGUAGUUUUCUUGUGAGAGUUAGUGAAAGCAACAAAGAUGAUCACUCUCUCUCCAUCAGACGGUCUGGAGAGAUUGUUCAUUUGAAGAUUGCACGAAAGAAUGACAAGUUUAUUCUUGGACUCCACGGCAAGCCUCAUCGAACCAUCCCUGAUCUCAUCAAACAUUACACUGAACACAAAGUUCCCAUCAAGGGCCUCGAAUCAUUCACAUUGCUCUAUCCUGUUAAGAAAAACUAACAUACACACUUUGAGAGAUUGAAGUUGUAUGUAUUUUCUAUGACAGUAUUCUAUUGGAAGUACAAAGAUAGAAACAUUAGCUGUAUUCUGACUUCGUCGAUAGUUGACCUGUUUUUACAGGUUGAUUUGUAUUGAUAUCUAUGUAGUUGAUAGUGUGUUUUAUACAGUAGCUAGUCAAGAUAAAAAAACUGUAUGUAAGGCUGACUCG